AUGACGGUGAAAGAAGAACAAGUAAUAAAGAAGAGGAAAGCUCAACACGCGCUGGAAGAGAUUUUUGAAUCGGAGAAGAAAUAUGUCGACAAGUUGAAUAGCAUCGUUGAGUCAUUGAUGAUGCCCGCCCUCCAGAACUCCUCCGUCUUCUCUUCUUCCGAAAUCGCCCUCCUCUUUGGCAACAUCGUUGAACUGCGCAACCUCCACUCAAAGAUGUUCUCUAAAUUCGCCGAUUCCGACUCCCAGCAGCCAGAAAAGCUGGCGAAGAUCAUUUCCGAAGAACUCCCUCAAUUCUCCAUCGCCUACCAUCAAUACUGCUCCAACUUUCCCCGCGCAACUCGACUUUAUUCAAAAAUUCGAAAAAAUUCCAAAAUGAAUUUUCAAAACGCGAAAUGCGAUUCAAGCUCAACUCUUCGCCGGAUUUCCAAGAGCCCGUCUGAUUCCAUCUCGAGUUCCUCCCUCCCUUCUCCCUCAGAUCGCUUGGAGAACUCAUCCUUUCCCACCUUGCGCCGGACAAAUACGCUUUUAUUCCGCUCCACUUCUGCAGUUUUUCGCCGCCACACGCUCACAUCUGGCAAGUCCGUCCAAAAUCUCAACGAGGCUGGGGCUGGAAAUACAGUCAAUUUCUUGAAGAGAAAACUAUCGCCGAGAAAGUCAAGUCCUGGAGGACUUUUUCCCUUGAAAAAGGAAGAUCCUGAGAUUUCACGAGCAAAUCUGCAGUGCGAAUUUCUCCAAAAAUCGCUGGAAUCAUCAACGACUCUCGAUUCGGCGUUGCCCCUCAUCGCAUUUUUACUGGAACCGAUUCAGCGGGUCAUGAGAUAUCCUCUUCUCCUAAAAGGGCUUUCAACAGCUCUAGAAUCGCCGAUUCCAGAAGUAAAAAAGGCAAUAGAAGCAGCAGACAAGCUCGCCAGCAUCACCAACAUCACACAGCCCAAUUCCACUCGCCCGGGGGCAGAAGAAAAAGAAAACAAGGAAAACCGCUCUCCAACAGGAUCAGAAGUCUCGAUCCCCGCAUGCGUCCCAAAACCCGAUAAAAAGCGAAAAAGCUUCGAAGUCGUCUGCCAAGCCGCUGUCAGGCUUCUUCGAUCAAGAUAA